CGGUGCAAAUGUGUGAUAUCUCCAAAACAAACAUGGCGCUCCAUGUGAUGAUCAUCGCUAUCGCUCUACUUGCUGUCAUCUUUAUGGCAUCUUUCGUGGCUUUACUGGUCAUUUGUAAGCAUAAAUGUGGAAAGCUUGACUUCACAGUAUACCAAAAUACAGAGCAGUACGAGAACAGAAACAGAAAACAAGUAGAAUUGAUAGGUGCUAAUUACCAUGAUACAACAAGCAUCGGAGAAAGCACUUCUAGUGACCAUGAUCUGUCUGAUGUGUUUUUGGAUCCAGACUGGGGAGGUGAUGCAGAAAGUCUUGUCUGCCAUUGUGUAGCAGUUCUUAAGACAUGUCAUCAUCUAACAGACAAGCUGGUGGCAUACACUGUAGAGAAUGGACCUAAAAUAAACUGUCAGGAUUACAUGAAGAAGAUUGUUACAGCAGCACGAAACAUAAGUCCAAAAGUCGAUGAACUAGUUGAGGCCAUGUACACUCCUUCAGACUCGAGACAGAUUGAAGACAAGUCCAGUGCUUUAUUUGUCACCAUAUUUAUGCUACUACAGAUCAUAAAGGGAAUAUCUGACAAUGCUGAUUUAACGUGGGCUGAUGACAUGAUCUACACGAUUGAGCAACACAUUGAAGCAAUGCGCCGAGACAGCCAACCAGACCCUAACCUAUUGGCGAAUAAUUACCAGAGAAGUGAACCUCUUAAAGAUGGUAAACAUGGACUGUGUUUUGUUAACCGGACAUUUCUGUCAUAAAAAAUGACUUUGUAUACAUUUCCCAUCUGUGAUGGCACAGUUGUCCAAUCAACGCUAGCCUUGGGUUGGAAAGGCUUUAGAAUGAAAGUUAGAUAUCACCCAAUUGRUGCCUCUUAGUUCCAUUUUGUACAUUGCAGUAAAGAUGUUGCGGUGAAGGAUAAAGGCGGCUAAAUACGAGAAACAAAAACCCUCUACUUGGCGCGAAACAUUGUUUCUGUUCAAGUUGAGCAUCGGUAUUUCUCGUUUUUCCACGAUGUAUUUUUGUUGCAUAACAAKUUGACGAUGCAUGAAAAACGAGAAACUUUGAUACUCAACUUUAACAGAAACAAUGUUGCGCGCCAAGUUGAUGGUUUUUGUAUUCGUAUUUAGCCGCCUAACUGGUCUGUCACCAGAAAGCAGAGUUUUAUUGUAUACUUUCAUAAAAGUCAUACAAAAUUACAAUAAAUUGAGUAUUGAUUUAAACAAUAGAACGRAAUUUCUGGUUCUUCAGCGAUUCUCAACAACGAGAAACGUUGUAAUAAGCGAAACUAAAGCCUUUAGGGACAUGGUCCACUAGCAUGCAAUGCGGUCGUGUUUUAGAUUUUUCAUAU